UUUCGCCGGCGGACCAACUGUUUCCGGUCGGUGUGUUUAAAGCGGAAGUGGGUGACGGACACUGAGUGAGAGCUGCCGCUGGUUUCUGCCGCUAAAGAUGAAGUUUCUUCCCAAACUGCUGCUGCUCGCGCUGUUAGCCUUCCCGGCUGCGCUGCUCACCAGAGGGCCGGUGGUGAGUGCUCAGGAUCUGACUGAAGAUGAGGAGGCUGAGGCCGUGGAGGAAGAUGUUGUGGAUGAUGUGACGGCUGAAGACGAGGACGAUGAAGCGGAGGUGGAAGAUGAUGAUAAUGUAGAGUUGACGGAAGAAAAAGAAGAGGAAGAGGAGGAAGCGUUGGUUGGAGAGGUGAAGGCUUCCCCCAACGCUGAUACCACCAUCCUGUUUGUCAAAGGAGAUGACUUCCCAGCCAACAACAUCGUUAAGUUCCUGCUUGGCUUCACCAACAAGGGACCAGAGGAAUUCGUGGUGGAGUCACUGGACGCUUCUUUCCGUUACCCACAGGAUUACCAGUUCUACAUCCAGAACUUCACCGCUCUGCAGCUCGGCACCGUGGUUCCUGCGAGCAAACAGGCCACGUUCGAGUACUCCUUCAUCCCCGCUGAGCCAAUGGGGGGGCGGCCAUUCGGACUCGUCAUCAACCUCAACUACAAGGACGGCAGUGGAAACAUUUUCCAGGAUGCAGUGUUCAACCAGACGGUCACGAUCACUGAGAGAGAAGACGGACUGGACGGGGAGACGAUCUUCAUGUACGUCUUCCUGUCGGGCCUCGGGCUGCUGGUCAUCGUCGGCCUUCACCAGCUGAUGGAGUCUCGAAAGAGGAGGCGUCCAGCUCCAAAGGUGGAGAUGGGAACCUCGAGCCACAGCGACGUUGAUCUGAGCUGGAUCCCUCAGGAAACACUCAACCAGAUCAUGCAGAGUCGCAGAGACAAAGCGUCUCCGAGACGAUCUCCUCGCAAAAGGAACCAGAAACGCUCGGCCGGCUCCGACGAGUGACGGGCGCCUGGCACCGCGGCGACCACACUUCACCCGCCCCUCUGAGUGAGAGCAGGAGCGGGGGGGGGGGGUGGCUGCGAGCGCCACAUCAAGCGCACUCUGUCCGCUCUACUGAGAAACUUUGACCAGUGCCAAGCUCAGCGAUGGCUGGCUCUAUUUUCAGCUUGAGAACUGUUGAGUACACACACACUGCACUGCCCUGUUUGUUUAAGUUGUGUUUGGUGAAGCCGUCACACGAGGGAGAGAAGUGGGAGGUUCGUUGUGUUUCUGAGGCACGACAACGUUUCUCUCUGACGGGUCAAUAACUGCUGAUGUCGUCGUUGUCAUUUCUGUUAGUUUUUUUACUGUGUUUGGUUCAUUGGGCUGAAAAGAAUUAUCGGAUAAAUGGAUCUACACGAAACGAAUCUGCGUUAAUCUUUGUCCGUUUUCUAGAAGAAACAUCAAAUGAUGAAUCGUCAGCUUUUUGAAGCAUUGAUGGAAAACGUCAACUCUUUUCUACGUUUUGUAGAAACGAUGAACGGACGCUGUAUUUGGCAGAUUCGUUCAUGAGUAGAUUCAGUCCCACUCCGGUGUGUGAUGGAGCCGCCAUGACGGCUUUUCUUUUGCAGUUUGUUUGUUUUUCGGUGUCGUUUUUGCGUUAGAAUCCAUCUUUUUGUUUUUGUGGCGUGUCCGCUCUGCUCCAUCUGCUCCAUCCCUCCUCCCCCUGCUCGUUUCACUGCUCAGAUCCGGAGGGAAGAUUCACACAGCACCUGACGCUCGCUCUCUAAACGACGGCCGCUGACACUUUAAAACAGAAGCAGGGUCCAGAUCUUCCUGUGGACGUUUCAAACCCUUUGUGCAAAGAACACGUGCAAACAACAGGGAUGGGUUUGGAUUUGGAGACGAAACUAAAAGACGGUUCAAACUAAGAAAAAGUCAAGUGAACAUAGAAGUUUGAAAGAACAACUCAUGAAAUGAAGUCAAACAAUUUCCUUUCUCCAUUGAAUCGUAAAAACCCCUAAAGCACUGGUGUAAACACUGAUGGACGCGGACGCAAAAUUAUCGAGCUAAUUUAUUUGUGUGACAGAUUGGGCUUAACUGGGAGGGUGGGUUUCUGUACUGUAUUUCUGUUUUACCACUAGGGGGCGUCACGGGCUCUGCAGCGUUUGAAUGUUGGUCGACUGAAACUUCUGUGAGUCGUUGACCUCAGUUUGGAUUUAAACACGUGGUUCAAACGUGAACACGCUGCCGACGCAGAGCAGGUCGGGGGUUUCCUGUCUCUACGACGACGGGGUCGAACAUUCAUAGACACAAGCUUCUACUUUUAUUUGCUUUUAAACGUGCAGGAGAAUAAACUGAUGAUUUGCUGUA